AUGUGGGGACCACCCUGUAGAAAACUCAGGCAAGGUUAUGAGGUUUCUGACUGGAAGCAUGAUAUGACCCUCGCGCAAGAGGCGCAUAUUGAUGCCUUCGCGCUCAACAUGGCCCAUAACGAGGCAACGAACGAACAGUCUGUUGAGAAUGCCUUCCAGGCUGCCGAGAGCCUUGUAUUUCAAUUGUUUUUCUCAUUCGACUAUGCCGGAAACGGGCCAUGGCCCCAAGCAGAGGUCAUCGCGAUGCUUCAAAAGUACUCCUCCAGUUCGGCCCACUACCGUUACCAGGGCAAGCCUUUUGUGUCCACCUUUGAGGGGCCUGGCAAUGCAGAAGACUGGAUUGCCAUAAAGGCUGCUACUGGCUGCUUCUUUGUCCCUGACUGGUCUUCGUUAGGUGCCAAGCCGGCUCUUCAACUUGCAGGGGGGGUGGCAGAUGGUUUGUUCUCGAAGUCAUAUAUGAUGCCAGCCUCUCCGUGGUUUUAUACCAACAUGCCUGGGUAUGGUAAAAACUGGCUUUGGCACUCGGACUCUCUCUGGUACGAUCGCUGGGUUGAAAUUGCCUAUCUGGAACCGGAGUGGGUCGAGAUAAUCCCCUGGAAUGACUACGGCGAGUCGCAUUAUAUUGGCCCCCUCAACGAGAAGGCGUAUGUGGCGUUUCUCACAGGGAGGGCGCCCUAUAACUAUGUGCAAGAUAUGCCUCAUGAUGGAUGGCGGACACAGCUCCCGUAUCUCAUUGAUCUGUAUAAGACGGGGACAUCGUCGAUGACAAAGGAGAACUUGGUCAUCUGGUAUCGCACCAACCCCCGAACGACCUGUUCUGGUGGAGGCACAACGGGAAACACAGCAAGUCAACUCCAGAUUGAGUACGACGCGUACACCUUGGCGGACGACAAAGUCUUUUUCUCUGCACUGCUCGGCUCGAAUGCAACCGUUACCGUCAGUAUCGGCGGCCUUGAAUAUGACGGUCACUGGGAGUUUGAACCAGAUGGUGGUGUCGGCAUCUACCAUGGCAGCUUCCCAUUCAAUCUGCAUCUCAUGGGCGAGGUAAUAAUUACUAUCUCGCGGCACAGUAAAGGUGUGCUUACUGUCAAAGGCAAGGCCAUCUCAGACACGUGCGUCAGUGGCCUUGCCAAUCUUAAUCCGUGGGUGGGAUCUGCCACUGCUGGAUCAACAAUCAAAGCUGUAUCGCCGAAAUUGAAGCUCUCCGAUCAAACUUGUAUCAAAGGGUCAGGAGCUAGAAACUUCGCCGGUCUGUGCCAGUUCACUUGCAAGCAAGGAUAUCCAAAAAAUGGCGAUGCAAAUUAUGGAGAGCUUUGCUCGUUCGCUUGCAACCUUGGAUAUUGUCCCGAAUCAGCUUGCUCAGAGACACCUUCGCCACCAUACAUCCCUCCCAGCUCUCCGUUUGCUGCCCCUGCUUGCACAGGGGGCGAGAGUGAGCAUGGAGAAAGAUAUGCCGGGCUGUGCAGCUUUGCCUGUGCUUAUGGCUAUUGCCCUAUUAGCACAUGCUGGUGCGCUACAGUUGGUGAUUUGAACGUUCCACCGCCCCCAUCUGAUGUCAAAGGUGUCCCAGAUACCUGUGAUGCAGAUGAGUAUGAGCUUCUCAAGGGGCUCUGCAAUUUCGCGUGUAGUCGAGACUAUUGCCCUCCUGGUGCCUGCAAGCUGGCCUCUGAAGGCGAUGAUGAUGAGUAUGACGAUGACGAUGGCGACGAUGACCGGCCACCAGAGAUCAUUGUUGAUGGAUCGAUCUGGCAGGACGCAAACCCAGCAGUUAGCUGCGGCUCAGACUGCAUUCUCGUGCUCCCCCCAGUUACCCUCCCAAGCCCGACAGUCAUCACAUUCGAUAAUGACCAAGGGGGCUACCAAACCACGUUGAACGUGGCAUGGGAGGUUCCUGUUACUACCACAUUACCGGAUGGUCAAGUAGUAACUACUUCGAGUAUUAGCCAUAUUCUACAAGAGACCAGAAUUUCUGUUCCUCCGACCACGGUUAGUGUCUUGCCGUUGUGGUCGGUAACAAUCACGAGCCCAACUCCUACGACAACCAUUUAUCCUAUGUAUCGUAUUCCUCCGCAAACAAUCGUUAUCACGGAUGACCCAAACCCCCUGUCGGAGGAGGGCGUCUCGCAUCCACCAGUCACUCGAGAUAUAACCAUCCCACCUUACCCUUGGACAUGUACAACGACCGCAACAGUAACUGAUGUCUGGGUCUCAUGCUCCACCAUCAAUUCCUCCUCCACUUCCUGCACCACCACUAGUAGUCACGUCCACACCGGCUGCCGCGCCACGGCCUCGGCCACUACCACAGGUGUCAGUGAUACCUGCCUUCUGAACUCUCGAGACGAAGACCAAGGUUCUGAUGGUGGUGCUGGGUCUGGUCUCAUAACAACCAUCGAUGACCGCAAGUCCACGGCUACCACCGCGUCAAAGACCACAGCCACCCCGAAGCCAAUCCCGACCAGGGGUGCCCAGCAGGGCGUCCUAACAUGCCAGUCGGACAUUGACAACUAUCCACAAGGCGAUUCACGAUAUUAUGCUACUUCGAUGUAG